CGGAGGAGCCGGGAGGCGGGAGGCGGGAGGCGCGGGGGCCGUUUAAGCGGCCUCCCUCCCGCCCCCAGCCGCCCGGUCUGGCCCCGACCCUGUCCCGACCCCCGGCCUGGCCCACUCCAGCCUGCCCCACCGAGCGGUCCGCCGGGCACGCGGGCGGCCUCCGGAGCAGCCCAAGCCCAUGAGGGCCGCGCGCCCUGCCGCCGGCGCAGACGAGACGGAGCUCCCGGCCCCCGAGGAGGAGCGGAGGAUCAAUGCGGUUCAAGAAUCGAUUCCAGCGGUCUUAGGAACGAUUUCUUCAGGAGGCUAUGUUGGAGGCUUGAUUCUACCCGGCAGAUCAGAGACAAAUGGACAAAUUGCACUGUCAAUUUCCCAGCAGAACAUGUUGUGCCAUGGUUUUCACUGAGCCCCAGACAGUGAUGGGCUUCUUGCAGACUUGCUCUUCGCUGGUCUUAGAAGCAAAUCUGGCUCUGUCCAUGAGAGACUACCUGAAGUCACAUGGAACAGACAGAAUAAACCAGCAUCCCUCAGAAAACAUGGCACGGGUGUGGGUUGGAUUUGGGGAGAGCCUUACCUACACACUGAAGUGGAAGAAUGCUUCAUGGUUUUCACUGUGCACUUGUUUCCACAGAGUUGGCCCAAAGGGAAGUGUGGAAUAUGGGUUCAUGAACCACCGGGCCCCAGCCAAUGGCCGCUACAAACCAACCUGUUAUGAACAUGCUGCUAACUGUUACACGCAUGCAUUCCUCAUUGUUCCGGCCAUUGUGGGCAGUGCCCUCCUCCAUCGGCUGUCUGACGACUGCUGGGAAAAGAUAACUGCAUGGAUUUAUGGAAUGGGCCUCUGUGCCCUCUUCAUUGUUUCCACAGUAUUUCACAUUGUAUCAUGGAAAAAGAGCCACUUAAGGACAGUGGAACAUUGUUUUCACAUGUGUGAUAGAAUGGUUAUUUAUUUCUUCAUUGCUGCUUCUUACGCUCCAUGGUUAAAUCUCCGUGAACUUGGACCCCUGGCAUCUCAUAUGCGUUGGUUUAUCUGGCUCAUGGCAGCUGGAGGAACCAUUUAUGUAUUUCUCUACCAUGAAAAGUAUAAGGUGGUUGAGCUCUUUUUCUAUCUCACAAUGGGGUUUUCUCCAGCUUUGGUGGUGACAUCAAUGAAUAACACUGAUGGACUUCACGAACUUGCCUGUGGGGGCUUAAUUUAUUGCCUGGGAGUUGUGUUCUUCAAGAGUGAUGGCAUCAUUCCAUUUGCCCAUGCCAUCUGGCACCUGUUUGUGGCCACGGCAGCUGCGGUACAUUACUAUGCCAUUUGGAAAUACCUGUAUCGCAGUCCUACAGACUUUAUGCGACAUUUAUGACCAAUCUGUACUAGGUCUCGAAACCAGUAUUAUUUCAAUUAUGGCACUUGGGAGUGGGGUAAGAGCCGAAGGUUGCACAGAGGGAAAAAGACAAACAAAGACAACUGCACUGACUUCCUUUAUAUCUUUUGAAUAUAAUUACUGUGAAAGUAUAAAAGCUGUGUUCUGGAAUUUCCCUCUUCACAGCAGAUAAAUAAGGUAGUGAAUUAAUUAUUCAUUCCAUUCCACUAUCAUGAAGGACUCUGGAUAGACUUGGCCAACUGAUGUUUACAAAACAGAAUUUUGUAUUUUAAUUUUACAGAUUUUACUACAUGAUUUUUCUAAAUUACUAGGUCAGGUUGUAAAAGUCAGUGCAAUAACAAAGCUUCCUUUUUAGGAGAAAAUUGUUUCUAUCACUUUCCCAUUAGCUGUGUGAAGAAUCAUGGACAGAACUUACACUACUUUUACCAUGUUUCAUCUUGGCAUAACAUGGUUAUUUUUUAAAUAGAAAGUUUCGUUUUUUGUAAAUUUUUAAAGAAUAUUUCAUCGAAGCGCAUCUCUGCGGUUCCUCAUUCAUGUGAAUUUUUGCAGCAAGCUGUCAACAUUCCACAAAUGAACAAACAUUAUACCUCUUCUGAUAGUUUUAUUAAGCAUAGAGAAAUUGCCAAUUUUUAAAAACUGCGGUUUUCCAAACUUUUCUGCCAACCUCUGACUCUGAAUUCCAUGCUGCUUUGGGCCAUAUACUUGACCUCGUUUGGUUUACCAGUGAUAGAAAAGUAUUUUGAUAUCAUUAACUUUUUCAAAGGACUCAACUUUUUCUCUAUGCCUUUGCUAUGUGUUCUUCAGGGUCCCUUUCAACAGUGGAUGAGCAUUCAUGUCUGUGUUAUGAUGGUAUUAUUGGAGGGGCCAUCCACGCGAGACUCCUGAAGCGUGUUAUGAAUUACAGUGAAUAGUGGUACUGCCUGCUUGGUGCCCGUCAGUUAAGUCACUGUCACUUAGCUUACUAUUAUCAGUUUGGUACUCAUUUUCAAUUGUGGAACUAGAUGCACAAAUUCACAUUCCUAUCUUUCCCCUGCAUCUCCUGAUUUACUUUUUUCUUUUCUGUAGCAAAAUAUCUAAAAGCAUUGUUUGACAGAUAGAAACCCAUGCAUCUGUAGUUCAUGGGUUAUGUCCUAGCUCAGUGGAGUGGUAUUUAAUAUAUCAUUUUUGGUUUUUGCCCUCAGUGUCUUAUAUUAAGAUUAACCUUAGUUGCUUUGUUUAUUAAUCUCCUGUUGGUGUUUUAAUAAAUGAAAUAACCUUGCCUUUAGAUUGGUGCUGGUAUUGACUGUUUGCAAGUACUGGGUUUGAUCAGUGGAAUAGUUGGUUUGAUGAAACAUUUAGGCUUACUCAUUGAAGUUUUGUACUGAUGCGGCUUCAAAAGAGGGUUUAUUUUGGGUGUGCAUAUGUAGAACUCUCUCAUUUGGGAAGAACUGGUAUUUGCUGGUGAAUUCUUAAACAGGCAAGGCGCCCAGUGAUAACACCAACCAGACCACCCCUACCUGCAUGAUUCUGACCAUCCUGAUGCCUGUGGUUUUGUGUGUAUUCUGUUUUUAAUAUAUUAACUUUUGUGAAUUUAAAGUCUGCUCAAAAGUAACACUGUCAAAACCACUAAAAUGUAUGUAAAAAAUUGUGCUGUAGACUAGAAUAAACUUGUUACUUGGAUUUGU